GAGGAGACAGCUAGAGCCAGGGAGAGCCCAGAGAGGCGCAAGAGCGAGCUCAGCGGACUGUGUGUGAGUGCGUGUCUGAUCUGAUAGGGGGAGAAAAGAGAGGCAGAAGCAGGGGCUGUAGCCCUGGAAGCGGCGGCACCGGCGGCAGCAGCGGCGGCAGGGAGAGCGCGAGCAGCAGCAGAAGCAGCAGCAGGGGCAGCAGCAGCAGCAGCAGCAGCUGCAGCUGCUGCGGCGGCGGCGGCCGCAGGAGAGGGAUCCUCGUGUCGAGAGUGGGCUCUCUUCCCGGUAGGCUGCGCUGUGAUCAGAGCUGCGGGCUGGGAUAUCGCCCCCAUCCCUCCGCCUCCCUCCCCUUCCUCCCUUCCUUUCUCCUCCUCUUGGCUCCCCUCCUCCCCUCUACGAGCCCCUGGCAGGGGCCGGAGCGCUGAGCGCCUCUCCUCCCGGCCCCAGUCCUGGUGUGUUCUCUGUGCCGGGAGGCUACUGCAGUGGCGGCGGGAGGCAGCCUCUGGGCGCGGGAUUCCAUCUUCCCAUGGAGCGCCUCUAAAAGCCAGACAACGGGGGAAGCUCCCGGUGGAGUUGCUAAUUUGCUGGAGGAGAAAAAGGGAUGCACAUUUAGGUCACUUGAAAUCAGAAAGCUAUAACUGCAUAUCAGGAACAUGGGGCACUGAUGUAGAAGUUGACCUCUAGUCUUCUAAUUAUUUUUGAGGGAUGAAAGAAUGAUGUGAUGGAUAUAACUAUGGGCUGCUGUACGGGCACAGGACCGCCUCCUUCCUGCCUCGUACUCCUGCUUCUCAAGCUUUUGGCCAGUGUUUCCCAGGGUCUCCCAGGGACAGGACCCCUGGGCUUCCACUUUACACAUUCCAUUUAUAAUGCGACAGUGUAUGAGAACUCAGCAGCAAGGACCUAUGUCAACAGCCAGAGCAGAAUGGGUAUCACCCUGUCAGAUCUUUCCUGGGACAUCAAAUACAGAAUAGUGUCUGGGGAUGAAGAAGGCUUUUUCAAAGCAGAGGAAGUCAUCAUUGCAGACUUUUGUUUCCUCAGAAUAAGAACUAAAGGGGGCAAUUCUGCCAUACUGAAUAGAGAAAUACAGGACAAUUAUUUAUUGAAUGUAAAAGGUUCUGUCAGAGGAGAGGAUUUAGAAGCAUGGACCAAAGUGAAUAUACAGGUCUUGGAUAUGAAUGAUUUGAGACCUUUGUUUUCACCAACGACAUACUCUGUUACAAUAGCAGAAAGCACACCUUUAAGGACUAGCAUUGCCCAGGUAACAGCCACUGAUGCCGACAUUGGUUCUAAUGGUGAAUUCUACUAUUACUUUAAAAACAAAGUUGACCUCUUUUCUGUUCACCCUACAAGUGGUGUAAUCUCUCUAAGUGGGAGGCUAAACUACGAUGAGAAGAACAGGUAUGACCUCGAAGUUUUGGCAGUGGACCGAGGGAUGAAACUUUAUGGUAACAACGGUGUCAGCAGCACGGCAAAGCUUUAUGUUCACAUUGAACGGAUCAAUGAACAUGCACCAACCAUCAGUGUGGUCACGCACAUCCCCUUCUCAUUGGACAAGGAGCCCACGUAUGCAGUGGUUAAUGUGGAUGACCUAGAUGAGGGUGCAAAUGGAGAGAUUGAAUCAAUUUCCAUUGUGGCUGGAGAUCCUUUGGAACAAUUUCUCCUGGUAAAGGAAGGAAAAUGGAUUAAUGAGUACAAAAUUAAGGAGAGAAAGUCAAUUGACUGGGAGGGAUUUCCCUAUGGCUACAAUCUCACUCUUCAAGCAAAGGACAAAGGUUCUCCCCAGAAAUUUUCAGCCGUAAAAGUAGUCCAUAUUGCCAAUCCCCAGAGAGACAGCAUCCCCGUCAGAUUUGAGAAGGAAACCUACAAUGUCACGAUUAGUGAAUUUUCGCCUCCUGGAGUUGUGGUUGCCAUUGUUAAAUUGAACCCAGAGCCACCAGGGGUGGAAUACAGAAUAUCCCCUGGUGAGGAUGCAGAGUAUUUUAAGAUUAAUCCCAGGUCUGGUUUGAUAGUCACAGCUCAACCUCUGGAUGUCAUCAAGAAAGAAGUUUAUGAGCUAGCGGUGUCAAACAAAGAAGGUGAUUUGAAAGCACAAGUCACCAUCGGUUUGGAAGAUGCCAAUGACCAUACUCCUGAAUUCCAGCAGUCCUCCUAUGAAGCGUUUGUUAAUGAGAGUGUGCCUAUGGGUACAAGUGUGUUAUCUGUUUCAGCUUCUGAUAAGGACAAAGGAGAGAAUGGCUAUAUCACAUACAGUAUCGCCAGCCUCAAUGCAUUACCAUUUUCCAUUAAUCAGUUUACUGGUGUUAUUCGUACAACUGAGGAACUGGACUUUGAAUCCUCUCCAGAAAAUUACAGGUUCAUUGUGAGGGCCUCUGACUGGGGUUCACCUUAUCGACAUGAAAGUGAGGUCAAUGUGACCAUUCGUAUAGGAAAUGUCAAUGACAACAGUCCCUUGUUUGAGAAAGUGGCCUGCCAGGGAGUCAUUUCAUAUGACUUCCCUGUUGGGGGUCACAUUACCGCUGUGUCAGCAAUAGACAUUGAUGAACUGGAACUAGUAAAGUACAAAAUCAUCUCUGGAAAUGAACUUGGUUUUUUUUAUUUAAAUCCUGACUCAGGUGUCUUACAACUUAAAAAGUCCUUGAUUAACUCUGGUGUAAAGAAUGGUAACUUUGGCCUCAGGAUCACAGCCACUGAUGGGGAGAAUUUUGCAGAUGCCAUGUUUGUUAAUAUUUCAGUCUUACAGGGGAAGGUAUCUUCUAAAAGCUUUAGCUGUCGAGAAACUCGAGUGGCACAAAAGUUAGCAGAAAAACUCCUCAUCAAAGCAAAAGCCAACGGGAAGCUAAAUUUGGAAGAUGGAUUUCUUGACUUUUACUCUGUUAAUAGGCAGGGGCCCCAUUUUGACAAAUCCUUUCCUUCUGAUAUUGCUGUCAAGGAAGACUUGCCAGUUGGUGCUAACAUCUUGAAAAUAAAAGCCUUUGAUGCAGAUUCUGGCUUCAAUGGGAAGGUGGUCUUUACCAUUUCCGAUGGUAAUACGGAUAGUUGCUUCAACAUUGACAUGGAAACAGGUCAGCUUAAAGUUCUGAUGCCGAUGGACCGAGAACAGACAGACCUCUACCUUCUUAACAUUACAAUUUAUGAUUUAGGGAAGCCUCAGAAAUCUUCGUGGAGGUUACUGACCAUUAAUGUGGAGGAUGCUAAUGACAACAGGCCCAUUUUCCUGCAGGAGAGUUACUCUGUUAAUAUUCUAGAAAGUUCAAGUAUUGGUACUGAGAUCAUUCAAGUGGAAGCCAGGGAUAAAGACUUGGGACCUAAUGGGGAAGUGAUGUACUCAGUAUUAACUGAUGCACAGCAGUUUUCCAUCAAUAGUUCAACUGGGAUAGUUUAUGUAGCUGAUCAAUUAGACCGAGAAUCCAAAGCAAACUACUCAUUAAAAAUAGAAGCCAGGGACAAAUCUGAGAGUGGCCAGCAGCAAUUUUCUGUGGUUACUCUUAAGGUUUUCUUGGAUGAUGUUAAUGACUGCUCCCCUACUUUUAUACCAACCAGCUACAGUGUAAAGGUUCUUGAAGAUCUUCCCGUUGGUACAGUCAUUGCAUGGUUGGAAACCCAUGAUCCAGAUCUCGGCUUGGGGGGUCAAGUCCGUUACUCCUUGGUGAAUGACUACAAUGGGAGAUUUGAAAUCGAUAAAGCCAGUGGUGCUAUUCGUUUGAGCAAAGAGCUCGAUUAUGAGAAACAGCAAUUCUACAAUCUCACGGUCCGUGCAAAAGACAAAGGGCGCCCGGUAUCUUUGUCGUCUGUUUCCUUUGUGGAGGUGGAAGUGGUGGACGUCAAUGAAAACCUUCACACUCCCUAUUUCCCAGACUUCGCUGUGGUUGGAUCUGUAAAGGAAAACUCUCGUAUUGGAACAAGUGUGCUGCAAGUGACUGCUAGAGAUGAGGAUUCUGGAAGGGACGGGGAGAUCCAAUAUUCUAUCAGGGAUGGCAGUGGCCUCGGGAGGUUUAACAUAGAUGACGAAAGUGGGGUCAUCUAUACUGCAGACAUUCUUGAUCGAGAAACAACUGGGUCCUACUGGCUGACCGUGUAUGCCACUGAUCGAGGUGUUGUGCCACUCUAUUCUACCAUUGAGGUCUACAUUGAGAUUGAAGAUGUAAAUGACAAUGCUCCUUUGACCUCAGAGCCCAUUUACUAUCCUGUGGUCAUGGAAAAUUCUCCUAAGGAUAUAUCUGUCAUUCAGAUUCAGGCUGAAGAUCCCGAUUCCAGCUCCAAUGAAAAGCUGACCUACAGGAUUACAAGCGGUAAUCCUCAGAACUUCUUUGUCAUAAACAUCAAAACAGGUUUGAUUACUACCACUUCGAGGAAAUUGGAUCGAGAACAGCAGGCAGAACAUUUUCUAGAGGUGACCGUUACUGAUGGUGGUUCUUCUCCAAAGCAGUCAACAGUUUGGGUUGUGGUUCAAGUUCUGGAUGAAAAUGACAAUAAGCCUCAGUUCCCAGAGAAAGUCUACCAGAUCAAGCUGCCAGAGCGGGACCGAAAGAAAAGAGGAGAACCAAUUUACAGGGCUUUCGCCUUUGAUAAAGAUGAAGGUCCCAAUGCAGAGAUAUCCUACAGCAUCGUUGAUGGAAAUGAUGAUGGAAAGUUCUUUAUUGACCCUAAGACUGGCAUGGUCUCUUCCAGGAAGCAGUUUACAGCAGGGAGUUACGACAUCCUCACAAUCAAAGCAGUGGACAACGGACGUCCACAGAAGUCCUCUACCGCCCGCCUCCACAUCGAAUGGAUUAAGAAGCCACCUCCUUCCCCUGUGCCUCUGACCUUUGAUGAGCCCUUCUAUAACUUUACUGUCAUGGAAAGCGAUCGAGUGACAGAAAUUGUGGGGGUGGUGUCUGUGCAGCCGGCCAACAUUCCUCUGUGGUUUGAUGUAGUUGGUGGCAAGCAUGCUCGAGAGAUGUUCUAUAUUCUACAGACAGCUUGUGGGCAGAACUGUUCAACAGAAGGGGGGAAUUUUGACAGCUCUUUCGAUGCAGAGAAAGGUGUUGGGACAAUUGUCAUUGCAAAACCUCUGGAUGCAGAGCAGAGGUCCAUCUAUAAUAUGAGUGUGGAAGUCACCGAUGGAACAAAUGUUGCUGUCACUCAGGUAUUCAUCAAAGUGCUGGAUAACAAUGAUAAUGGCCCCGAGUUCUCUCAACCAAGUUACGAAGUCACAAUUUCAGAGGAUGUCCUGCCAGACACCGAGAUAUUACAAGUUGAGGCGACAGACAGAGAUGAAAAACACAAACUGAGCUACACGAUCCACAGCAGUAUCGACUCAGUAAGCAUGAGGAAAUUCCGGAUUGAUGCCAGCACUGGGGUUCUGUACAUUGCUGAGAGGCUAGACCAUGAGGCCCAGGACAAGCACAUUCUUAAUAUAAUGGUCAGAGAUCAGGAAUUUCCUUAUCGGAGAAAUUUGGCCCGAGUCAUUGUGAAUGUAGAAGAUGCCAAUGAUCACAGCCCCUAUUUUACCAGCCCUCUCUAUGAAGCAUCUGUAUUUGAAUCUGCAGCCUUGGGAUCAGCCGUUCUGCAAGUGACUGCUCUGGAUAAAGACCGGGGAGAAAAUGCAGAACUCCUCUAUACCAUAGAAGCAGGAAACACUGGAAACACAUUUAAGAUUGAACCCAUCUUGGGCAUCAUUACUGUAUCAAAAGAACCAGAUAUGACGACAAUGGGACAGUUUGUUUUGUCCAUAAAAGUUACUGAUCAGGGCUCCCCACCAAUGUCUGCCACUGCCAUUGUUCGCAUCUCUGUUACCAUGUCAGAUAAUUCUCACCCCAAGUUCACUCAGAAAGAAUACCAAGCAGAAGUGAACGAAAAUGUCGACAUUGGGACAUCAGUUAUUUUAAUCUCUGCCAUCAGUCAAUCGACCCUAAUUUAUGAAGUGAAAGAUGGAAAUAUUGAAGGGAUCUUUACCAUAAACCCAUAUUCUGGUGUGAUAACCAAUCAAAAAGCCCUUGAUUAUGAACGUAUUUCCUCUUAUCAACUCAUCAUCCAAGCUACCAACAUGGCAGGAAUGGCAUCUAAUGCCACUGUUAAUAUUCAGAUUGUCGAUGAAAAUGAUAAUCCCCCCAUUUUCCUUUUCUCUCAGUACUCAGGCAGCCUCAGUGAAGUUGCCCCCAUAAACAGCAUCGUCCGUAGCUUAGGCAACAAUCCAUUGGUGAUUCGAGCCACAGAUGCUGACAGUAAUCAGAAUGCUUUGCUGGUUUAUCAAAUUGUUGAAUCCACUGCAAAGAAGUUUUUCACUGUGGACUCCAGCACGGGCGCCAUCCGAACAAUAGCCAACUUGGACCAUGAAACCAUUGCCCAUUUCCAUUUCCAUGUUCACGUGAGAGACAGUGGUAAUCCCCAGCUGACUGCAGAGAGCCCAGCCGAGGUUAAUAUUGAGGUGACAGAUGUGAAUGAUAAUCCUCCAGUUUUCACUCAGGCAGUGUUCGAGACAGUCUUACUUCUACCCACUUAUGUUGGGGUGGAGAUUCUGAAAGUCCAAGCAACAGAUCCUGACUCAGAUGUGCCAGCUGAACUAACGUACAGUCUGAUGGAAGGCAACUUGGACUAUUUUUUAAUUGAUUCUAAUAGUGGGGUGCUCUCCAUAAAAAACAGCAGCCUUUCCAAAGAUCAUUAUAUGCUCAUAGUUAGAGUGUCAGAUGGUAAGUUUUAUGGUACUGCCAUGGUGACCAUCAUGGUGAAAGAAGCCAUGGACAGUGGUCUCCAUUUCACACAGAGUUUUUACUUUGCUUCCAUCUCAGAAAACAGUACCAACAUCACCAAAGUAGCCAUUGUCAAUGCAAUUGGAAAUCGCCUUAAUGAACCUUUAAAAUAUAGCAUAUUGAAUCCAGGAAACAAGUUCAAAAUAAAAUCUACCUCCGGGGUCAUCCAGACAACUGGUAUCCCCUUUGACCGUGAAGAACAAGAGUUGUAUGAGCUGGUGGUAGAAGCCAGUCGGGAAUUAGACCAUCUGCGUGUGGCCAGGGUAGUCGUCAGAGUCAACAUUGAAGAUAUCAAUGACAACUCUCCAGUCUUUGUGGGACUCCCUUACUAUGCUGCUGUGCAGGUUGAUGCUGAACCUGGGACUCUCAUCUACCGGGUAACUGCUCUUGACAGAGACAAAGGGGCCAAUGGCGAGGUGACCUACACCCUUCAAGAGGACUAUGGCCACUUUGAAAUUAACCCAGAAUCAGGGAGUGUUUUUUUAAAAGAAGCCUUCAAUUCUGACUUAUCCAACAUUGAGUAUGGAGUCAUCAUCCUUGCCAAAGAUGGCGGAAAGCCCGCAUUGUCUGCAUCUGUGGAGCUUCCCAUCACUAUUGUCAACAAAGCGAUGCCUGUAUUUGAUAAACCUUUUUAUACAACUUCUGUCAAUGAGGAUAUAGAAAUGCAUACUCCCAUCCUCAGCAUCAAUGCAACCAGUCCAGAAGGACAAGGAAUCAUUUACAUCAUCGUGGAUGGGGAUCCUUACAACCAGUUCAACAUUGACUUUGACACUGGAGUUUUGAAUGUCAUUAGCCCACUGGACUAUGAAGUAACACCUGUUUUUAAAUUGACGGUGAGGGCCAGUGAUGCUCUCACUGGUGCAAGGGCUGAGGUCACUGUAGACUUGCUAGUUAAUGAUGUAAAUGAUAAUCCCCCCAUUUUUGAUCAACCCACCUACAAUGCAACCUUAUCUGAAGCCUCUCUCAUUGGUACACCUGUUUUGCAAGUGGUAGCUUCUGAUGCAGAUUCAGAAAAUAAUAAAAUUGUACAAUAUCAGAUUGUUCAGGACACCUAUAAUAGUACUGAUUAUUUUCACAUAGAUAGCACAAGUGGCUUAAUCUUAACGGCUCGCAUGUUAGAUCAUGAAUCAGUACAACAAUCUACUUUAAAAGUCAGGGCAACAGAUAAUGGGUUCCCACCAAUGAGCAGCGAGGUACUUGUUAAUAUUUAUGUGACUGACAUGAAUGACAACCCUCCAGUUUUUAACCAGCUGAUUUAUGAAUCCUAUGUGAGUGAAUUAGCCCCACGGGGCCAUUUUGUGACCUGUGUCCAAGCUUCUGAUGCCGACAGCUCUGAUUUUGACCGGUUGGAAUAUAGCAUUUUAUCUGGGAAUGAUCGAACGAGUUUUUUAAUGGACAGCAAGAGCGGUAUCAUCACCCUGUCCAACCACCGCAAACAGAGGAUGGAGCCUCUGUAUAGUUUAAAUGUGUCUGUCUCUGAUGGAUUGUUCACGAGCACGGCACAGGUGCAUAUCAGGAUUCUUGGUGCUAAUUUAUACAGUCCUGCCUUUUCACAAAGCACCUAUGUUGCUGAAGUGAGGGAAAAUGCUGCUCCAGGGACAAAAGUAAUUCAUGUCAGAGCAACAGAUGGGGAUCCAGGCAUGUAUGGACAAAUCCACUACGCUAUUAUCAAUGACUUCGCUAAGGACCGCUUCUUGAUCGACAACAAUGGGCAAGUCAUAACAACAGAGAGGCUGGAUCGGGAAAGCCCAAUGGAAGGGGACAUCAGUAUUUUCUUGAGGGCCUUGGACGGUGGAGGGAGAACAACCUUCUGUACCGUGAGGGUGAUUGUUGUGGAUGAAAAUGAUAAUGCUCCCCAAUUUUUGACCGUAGAAUAUAGAGCUAGUGUCAGAGCCGAUGUUGGAAGAGGUCACUUGGUAACCCAGGUUCAAGCCAUUGACCCAGAUGAUGGCGUGAAUUCAAGGAUUACUUAUUCGCUAUACAGUGAGGCCUCUGUCUCAGUAGCAGAUCUUCUUGAAAUUGACCCUGACAAUGGCUGGAUGGUCACAAAAAGUAAUUUUCACCAGUUAAAAAACACUGUUUUGUCCUUUUUUGUCAAAGCAGUUGAUGGUGGUAUCCCAGUAAAGCAUUCUCUCAUUCCUGUCUAUAUUCACGUCUUGCCUCCUGAAAUACUCUUACCUUCCUUUACCCAGCCCCAAUAUUCCUUUGCUAUUCCAGAAGAUACCGUCAUUGGAAGCACAGUGGAUUCUCUCAGGAUUUUGCCAAAUCAGAAUGUUGUAUUUAGUACAGUGAAUGGCGAACGAGCUGAAAAUAACAAAGGUGGGGUCUUCAUCAUUGAGCAGGACACUGGCACCAUCAAACUGGAUAAGCGACUGGACCGUGAAAUGACCCCUGCUUUUCACUUUAAGGUAGCGGCCACCAUUCCCUUGGACAAAGUGGAUAUUGUGUUUACCGUUGACAUAGAGAUCAAGGUACUUGAUCUAAAUGAUAAUAAACCAUUCUUUGAUGCUUCAAGCUAUGAAGCCAUCAUAAUGGAGGGCAUGCCUGUGGGGACCAGACUCAUUCAGGUGAAGGCUAUUGAUAAAGAUUGGGGUGCCAAUGGACAGGUCACUUAUGCCCUCCACUCGGAUUCCAAUGCCGAGAAGGUAAUGGAAGUAUUCAGCAUUGACACUAACACUGGCUGGAUCAGCACCUUGAAAGACUUGGACCAUGAGAGGGAUCCCACAUUCACUUUCUCCGUACUAGCCUCAGACCUUGGAGAAGCCUUCUCCCUCUCUUCCACAACCUUGGUCUCAGUCACUGUCACAGAUAUAAAUGACAAUGCUCCUGUCUUUGGCCAUGAAGUUUACAGAGAGUACGUGAAGGAAAGUGAUCCUCCAGGGGAAGUUGUAGCCGUCCUCAGCACCUGGGAUGAGGACACAUCCGACAUUAAUCGCCAAGUGAGCUAUCAUAUUACAGGAGGGAAUCCUAGAGGAAGAUUCGCUUUGGGUCUGGUGCAAAAUGAAUGGAAGGUUUAUGUGAAGCGACCUCUUGACCGAGAAGAGCAAGAUAUUUACUUUCUGAACAUCACUGCCACGGACGGGCUUUUUGUCACUCAGGCGAUGGUAGAAGUCACUGUCACUGAUGUGAAUGACAACAGUCCAGUGUGUGACCAGGUUGCAUACACAGCUUUAUUUCCAGAAGAUAUCCCCUCCAAUAAAAUCAUCCUUAAGAUCAGUGCCAAGGAUGCUGACAUUGGGCCCAAUGGAGACAUUAGAUACUCACUCUAUGGCUCAGGAAACAACAAAUUCUUCUUAGAUCCAGAAAGUGGUGAGUUAAAAACCCUGGCUCUUUUAGAUCGAGAGAAAAUUCCUGUGUACAACCUGAUUGCCAGGGCAACAGACGGGGGUGGCAGGUUCUGCCAGUCAGACAUCCGCCUGAUUCUGGAAGACGUUAAUGACAAUCCUCCCAUAUUCUCAUCCGAUCAUUAUAACACAUGCAUCUAUGAGAAUACAGCCACCAAAGCCUUGUUAACAAGAGUACAAGCCACAGAUCCUGACUUAGGCAUCAACAGAAAAGUUGUUUAUUCCCUGGCAGACUCAGCAGGAGGGUACUUUUCAGUAGACAGCUCAUCAGGCAUUAUCAUCUUGGAGCAGCCUCUGGAUCGAGAGCUGCAGUCAUCCUAUAACAUCAGUGUGAAGGCAUCUGACCAGAGCAUCCUUAAAGCAUUGUCUUCCCUGGCCACGGUCACCAUUACCGUGUUGGAUAUUAAUGACAACCCUCCUGUGUUUGAAAGAAGGGACUAUCUUGUUACAGUACCAGAAGACACAACCCCAGGCACUGAAGUUCUUGCUGUUUUUGCCACAAGCAAAGAUAUUGGCACAAAUGCUGAGAUUACUUAUCUCAUCCGGUCUGGGAAUGAACGAGGGAAAUUCAAAAUUAACCUGAAAACAGGAGGAAUUUCUGUCAUUGAGGCUUUGGACUAUGAAAUGUGCAAAGAUUUUUACCUUGUGGUGGAAGCCAAAGAUGGCGGUACCCCAGCCCUCAGUGCUGUGGCCACUGUGAACAUCAAUCUUACUGAUGUGAAUGACAAUGCACCAAAAUUUAAUCAAGAGGUCUACAGUGCAGUCAUCAGUGAAGAUGCUUCCAUUGGGGACUCAGUCAUUGUGUUAAUAGCAGAAGAUGUAGAUAGCCCACCCAAUGGACAGAUUCGCUUCUCCAUUGUCAGUGGGGACCGGGACAAUGAGUUUGCUGUGGAUCCUGUCUUGGGACUCGUUAAAGUUAAAAAGAAAUUGGACCGGGAACGGGUGUCUGGAUACUCAUUGCUCAUCCAGGCUACGGACAGUGGCGUUCCUGCCAUGUCAUCCACUGUGACAGUCAACAUAGACAUUUCCGAUGUAAAUGACAAUGGCCCCGUUUUCACUCCAGCCAACUAUACUGCGGUAAUCCAGGAAAACAAACCAGUGGGCACAAGCAUUUUGCAGCUGAUGGUGACUGAUCGAGAUUCUUUUCACAAUGGGCCCCCUUUCACCUUUACCAUCUUGGCAGGGAAUGAAGAAGAGGAGUUUGUGUUGGAUCCUCAUGGGAUAUUACGAUCAGCAGUUGUCUUUAGGCAUACAGACUCUCCCGAUUACGUGCUUUAUAUCCAGGCAAAGGACUCGGGCAAACCCCAGCAAGUUUCCCACUCUUACAUUCGGAUCCGUGUGAUUGAAGAAAGCAUCCACAAGCCCACCGCCAUCCCUUUGGAAAUCUUUAUUGUCACAAUGGAGGAUGACUUCCCUGGGGGCGUCAUUGGGAAAAUCCAUGCCACUGACCAAGAUGUAUAUGACGUUCUCACGUAUUCCCUGAAGUCUGAGCAGAGAAGCUUGUUCAAAGUGAACACCCAUGAUGGGAAGAUCAUUGCCCUGGGGGGCCUGGAUAGCGGUAAAUACAUUCUGAAUGUUUCUGUGAGUGACGGCCGCUUCCAAGUGCCCAUUGAUGUCAUCGUCCACGUGGAGCAGCUGGUACAGGAGAUGUUGCAGAACACAGUCACCAUCCGGUUCGAGAACGUGUCCCCCGAGGACUUUGUUGGGCUGCACAUGCACGGGUUCCGGAGGACCCUCCGGAAUGCUGUCCUUUCCCAGAAACAGGACAGUCUCCACAUCAUCAGCAUUCAGCCUGUGGCUGGCACCAACCAACUGGAUAUGUUGUUUGCUGUGCAAAUGAACAGUGGUGGCUUCUACAAGCCUGCAUACCUCAUCCAAAAGCUAUCCAAUGCAAGGAGACAUUUGGAGAAUGUGAUCCGCAUCUCUGCCAUCCUGGAGAAGAAUUGCUCUGGCCUGGACUGCCAGGAACAACACUGUGAGCAAAGUUUGUCCAUAGAUUCACACUCUCUGAUGACCUAUAGCACGGCUCGCAUUAGUUUUGUGUGUCCUCGUUUCUACAGGAAUGUGCGCUGUACAUGUAAUGGAGGACUUUGUCCAGGGUCAAAUGAUCCUUGUGUGGAGAAGCCCUGUCCUGGGGACAUGCAAUGUGUUGGGUAUGAAGCCAGCAGAAGACCAUUCAUCUGUCAGUGUCCACCAGGAAAACUGGGUGAAUGCUCAGGGCACACUUCUCUCAGCUUUGCUGGAAACAGUUACAUCAAAUACCGGCUUUCUGAAAAUAGCAAGAAAGAGGAAUUUAAGUUGGCUCUGCGUCUGCGAACACUGCAAAGCAAUGGGAUUAUAAUGUACACCAGAGCAAAUCCCUGCAUAAUUCUGAAGAUUGUAGACAGCAAACUGUGGUUCCAGUUGGACUGUGGCACGGGUCCCGGAAUCUUGGGCAUCUCUGGCCGAGCUGUGAAUGAUGGGAAUUGGCACUCAGUCUUCUUAGAGCUCAAUCAGAAUUUCACAAGCUUGUCUCUGGACGAUAGCUACGUGGAACGCCGCAAGGCCCCCCUCUAUUUCCAGACACCGGACACAGAGAGUGCCAUCUACUUUGGCGCUCUGGUACAGGUGGACAACAUCCGGAGCCUGACGGACAAGAGGGUCACCCAAGUCCUGAGCGGCUUCCAGGGCUGCCUGGAUUCUGUGGUCCUGAAUAACAACGAGCUGCCCCUGCAGAACAAACGCAGCAGCUUUGCUGAGGUGGUGGGCCUCACCGAGCUCAAGCUCGGAUGCGUCCUGUACCCGGAUGCCUGUGAGCGGAAUCCCUGCCAGAAUGGAGGGAGCUGUGCCAGCCUGCCAUCUGGUGGCUAUCAAUGUACCUGUCUCUCACAAUUCACUGGAAGGAACUGUGAGUCAGAGAUUACAGCCUGCUUCCCAAAUCCCUGCCGGAAUGGAGGAUCUUGCGACCCAAUAGGAAACACCUUUAUUUGCAACUGUAAAGUUGGACUUACUGGAGUCACGUGUGAAGAAGACAUCAAUGAAUGUGACAGAGAAGAAUGCGAGAAUGGGGGUUCCUGCGUCAAUGUGUUUGGCUCUUUCCUCUGUAAUUGCACCCCAGGCUAUGUGGGCCAGUACUGUGGUCUCCGGCCAGUGGUGGUUCCCAACAUCCAAGCUGGUCACUCCUAUGUUGGAAAGGAAGAAUUGAUCGGAAUUGCUGUCGUCCUCUUUGUCAUCUUUGUUUUGAUCGUCUUGUUCAUCAUCUUCCGCAAGAAAGUCUUUCGCAAGAACUAUUCCAGGAACAACAUCACCCUGGUCCAGGACCCAGCCACUGCAGCCCUACUGAACAAAAGCAACGGGAUUCAGUUCAAGAACCUGAGGGGGGGCGGAGACAGCCGCAACAUCUACCAGGAGGUUGGCCCACCCCAGGUUCCGGUACGCCCCAUGGCCUACACGCCGUGUUUCCAGAGCGACUCUAGGAACAACCUAGAUAAAAUUGUGGAUGGACUAGGUGUGGAGCACCAGGAGAUGACCACUUUUCAUCCUGAGUCCCCUCGAAUAUUAACUGCCAGGCGGGGAGUGGUCGUGUGCAGCGUGGCCCCCAAUCUCCCAGCUGUCUCCCCGUGUCGUUCUGAUUGUGAUUCCAUCAGGAAAAGCGUCUGGGAUGCAGGAACAGAGAACAAAGGGGUCGAUGACACCGAAGAAGUAACCUGUUUUGUGGGAAGUAAUAAAGGCAGCAACUCAGAAGUUCAGUCCCUCAGCUCCUUCCAGUCUGACUCUGGAGAUGAUAAUGCUUCCAUAGUGACUGUCAUUCAGCUUGUCAACAAUGUAGUUGACAAUAUAGAAAAUGAAGUGUCAGUUAUGGACCAAGGACAGAACUACAACCGAGCCUAUCACUGGGACACUUCCGAUUGGAUGCCAGGGGCCCGCCUGUCCGACAUUGAGGAAGUGCCCAACUAUGAGAGCACAGAUGGCACGUCGGUGCACCAGGGGAGCACAAGAGAGCUUGAGACCGAUUACUACCUAGGUGGCUACGAUAUCGACAGUGAAUACCCUCCACCUCACGAAGAGGAGUUUUUGAGCCAAGACCAGUUGCCCCCUCCCCUGCCAGAGGACUACCCGGACCACUUUGAGGCCCUGCCGCCAUCCCAGCCAGCCUCUUUGGCGAGCACACUGAGCCCAGACUGCAGGCGAAGGCCCCAGUUCCAUCCCAGCCAGUACCUCCCUCCCCAUCCGUUCCCCAACGAGACAGACAUGGUGGGGCCUCCACCUGGACAUGAAUUUAGUACUUUUGCAGUGGGUGUGGGGCAGAACGUGGAGAACACAGGUGUGGCGGACAGCACGUCCCUAUCCUUGCACAAUUCCAUAGGCGCUUCAUCCUCAGAUGUGUCUGCAAGCUGUGGCUUUGACGAGUCUGAAGUGGCCAUGAGUGACUAUGAAAGUGUGGAGGAGCUCAGCCUCACCAGUCUUCACAUUCCAUUUAUCGAGACUCAGCAUCAGACCCAGGUGUAAAGGACACAUGCAUCUGGGCUGGUUUGCUCCAUUCUUCAUUUAAACAUGGAAGGAAAUGGACCGAGUUUCCUCUCUCGAUGGAGAAGGGUCCAUUGAAUGAGGGGAAAAUCCACCAUUUUCCACAAAUAACUUAUUCACAAAUGAUGUUGUCUCAUGCAAACACUUUAAAGUCAAAUUGUGUAAACCAUGUCACAAAAUUUGUUACUGUGAGUCAACAGACAAUCCUUACAGUAUGUACCCAGCAUUCAUGGCCAAGAGUGCACACCAAGUUUUUUAAAAAAGGGGAAAGAACCCCAACACAAGUUCACCCAGUAAGUUAUAUGCAGUCAAUCUUUUCAGCUUUGUGCAGUAUUGCAUUUUUGAAGGUGUUAACAGUAUCAAUCCCCGCAGUAUUAAUGAACAGAUAAAGUUCAGGCACCAAGGUAUUGGUACAUGAAACUAAGCUGAUGGAGAGAAGAAAGAAAAUAGUUAAUAGAAUUAUUUGGGGGUGGGGGGCUAAGCCCUCAAAGGGAAAGAAGAAAAAAAUUAAAAAUCAGUAAAAAGUGGGCAAAAAUAUUAAAAUAAAGUAAGAUUUUCUUCAUAAAGCUGUCUAAUUGCCAGCUAUAAAAUUAUCAUAACUUGCAUUUUGUAGUCUUCAGAUACUGGAUUAAUUAGAAAAACCUGGAUUGAAAAAUGGAACCCAAAAUUGAAAUGAUGGGGUUUGUGGAUCUUUUAAAAAGAUUUUAAUGCAUGAGAGUUUGUGGGUUAUCUGAGUAUCAGGGAGGGAAGGGUAGAAAUUAUCAGUUUUUUACUUUUAUUACUAAACAUUCCCAGCCAUGAUUACAACUUGAGCAUUAUUGUAAUCAUUGACCUCGUUCGUGGAAACCAGGAAAUAAAGCUUACCAGUUUUUUGACCAUUGUCUAGACUAAAAAAGAGAUAUACGGUUCAUAGAUUUCCCCCCAAAAAAUGUUAUUUUUAAAAUCACAGGUAAAAGGCAAGUAGGUACUUGUUUUUAAAAUUGACAGUGAUUUCAAUAAAUGAACUUGAGUCAGAGAAGAGAGACUAGAUGAAUAGACAUUGUACACAAGAUUAUAAUAGUAUAUAUGUGUGUUUGGGCCAACAUAGAUGUAAGUAUGUGUUUUCUCCCAAGAAGGCAGUCUAUGAGGAAAGUGAUGUUGAGACUCACAAACAGUGAACUGUGGCCAACAGUGCAAGCCUUCUGACCUUAUGGACCUCUUCAGUAGUAGAGACUCACCAAAUGCUAUAUUUUGUGCUAGUUCAAUUAACUUUAUUUGGGUAAUACCAUUUCUAUUAACUUAAAGCAAAAUUCUGGGUUUUAAAAGCAGCAUUUUGUUAUAAUGAUACAGAGUCUCAACUGUUUUCAGAAAGUGCUUCAUGUUUCAUUUUAGCCCAUGGUCGGUUCUCAGCCUGACACAUGGGUUUUGGCCAUGGAAAGUUUCCUAAAUGAAUUGGAGAGUCAUUCCAUGAAAGAUGUUAUAACAUGAUACAAUAAAAUAUAAAAUUGACAUGUUGAGUUCCUUUCCUGCUUCCCCUCAGGCUGAUUAGGGCAAAUGAGAUUUUACACUAAGCAGCCUGAGCUGUUUCCAAGGAAGAAUGGGAAGUCCCUGACUUCUCCUGUCCCUGGUAAACGUUUAUUUGCACUAUCUACUUAAUGAGCAAAACUGUUGUGGUGUUUUCUUUUGUUUUAACCAAUUAUGGCAUUGGUGUGUGAGCUCUAGAGGACUUAGCCUGGCCAUGGUCCACCUAGUCAUGUUUCUCAUCCACACUCUUUGCAUUCAUUUUGCUUCUCUCUUGGAAUAGGGAUCAGUGUUUCCUGACAGUUUACGAAGGUAAUAAGCUUGCACACUUCAGAGAUUCCUGGAUACAUGGACACACUUCACAGGCUUUUCCCGUUUCAUUUUGCUUUGUGUUGUUUCUUUCUCAUCUUGGUUCUUGGUCAGAUGUGCUAAAUGAAGGGUGAUCUGCACCGUGGUCUUGAAAUCAGGAUUCUGUGAUGGAUCGAAUUAUAUAGCCAGAGUGCAUUCAAUGAAAUCCUUCAGCAUUUUUCUCAUGUAGGGAGUGCAUUUGUAGGAAUCAGUGAGAAAAUGACAAACUAAUGAUCUAGAUAGAACCUCUGUAACCAUCUUAAUAAUUCAGUAGCAUAAAAAAACUGACAAAGUAAAACCAACAAUUCAUUUCUUACCCCCCAGGAUAUAUUAGGGCAGGAUUAGUACAGAUGAUUUUCCAUUGCUUACACAGCUUCUCUGCUGAGGGAAAUGCUUGACUGACAUAGUAAUGAAGGAGCAAAUAGAUUUGAAUGCAGCCAUAAAAUCCAGAGAGCUAGCCUGAUAUGCCUGACCUUCAUUCGAUACGCGUUUCUUAAAUAUAGCUCACCUGAUCUUUUCAGAAGAGCCACACAGGGAGAUGUCCAUCACUGGUAGGUCCUAUCUCAUGUCAUAUAUUGAAUCAUCAUCUUGAAAUCAGGUGAGAACAUUAUUUGACAUUUCCACUCAAAAUUGUAUGGAAAAUGAAGGGUUUCCCUGGAGAGAAUGAAAUGGUCUGAGAGUAGGGCCAGGCUGGAACUCACCAAAUCUGAAGAGCUAAGAGAGAAUUUAGAGAUCAUCUCUAGGCCAACCUUCUCAUUUUACAUACAAAGUAAAGUUAUUUGGCCAGUUGGCAACAGAAACCAUUUGCAUUUUCUUCAAAAUUCCCAGUCUAGGGUUCUUUCUAUCAUAUCAUACUUUCUUCAUUAAAGAUCUCUCUCUGAUCUUGAAUCUUGAAUUUUUACAUUGAAUUCCUGAAGAGUGGAUCUCUCAGUUCAGAAAACAAUUUGUUGCACAGAAGUUUAUAUUUUCAUAUGAGCUUUUUCUUCAAGCUUUUGGCUGUAAGUUUAAAUAAACUCUGGUCUGUUAUAUAUCUGAUUGUUAUAAAUACUGUCUCAGAAAAGUAUUGAAAGUAUAUUAGUAGCUCUUCUUAAACCCUGAAACCCUAAUAUUUGGAAUUUAUAUUUGCUGGGACACAUCCAAAGCAUCAUUGUGGGGAAAGGGAUUAGCAACUUUGGCAUGAUCAUAAUGGAACCAGCCAGAGCACCGGCUGCAGCUGCUGGCUUCAUUGACACCCAGGUAUGCCCAAUUCCAUGCAUUUAAUGGCUUGUCAGACUUUAGAAUUUCCCUGGGCCAUUUUUCCCCUCUUCUGUCUUUACAUCCUGAGUGCAUUCUGUGCACUGUAUGAAAACAGCAUAUAUCCAGAAUUCCUUUUCUAACUAGCUUUACUUAAUAUACCUCUGCAUUCCUUCCUUCUAAACCUUUUCCUUUAUAAAGUAAGCUAGUCCAAGCCCUCGUCUUCCUCCUUAUUUUAAAAAGGCUUCUAAGCACUUCACUGUUGCUAUCCUCUGGACCUUCUCUAACUCGCUUAUGCUAUUUUGAAAUGCACUUAACAGAACUGAGCACAAGGUAUGUGAUAAAACAUACCAUAAAUUUGCCAAAUGGUGUCCUCAAAAUGGCAUUCCACAUUUAAAAGCACCUCAUCCUUUUGAAAAGCACCUUUGGUUUUCCCCUAGGAGAGCAGACCAAAUCUAAAACCCCAAAGCAUGUGAUGAAGGCUCACCCUGCUGAGGGCUUACUAUCUCAUGCUGGUCUUAACCAAACUCCACAGGAGAUUUUUAGAGCCUGGUUCAGAAAGCCCUUCUGUCUUUCUCCAUCAUCUACUUGCUUUGAGAAGAAGGCAAAGAGGACCUGCACCACCAAGAUAUCUGCCCCGUGCCUAGCACCAAGAGCUAGUUUUCUACAGGCUCUUUAGACAAAUAACAGGCUAUAUUCAUUGCCUUUGUAUUAAACUUCUCUGAGAUGAAUGCAGUCGCUCUAAAAUAGUCAGUGAUUAUACAUAUAAACAGAUCAGUUUGAGACCAGGUGGAACUUGGGUUGGAAUUUUUUUUUCUAUGCUUACUCAGUGUUAAUGUUUUUUCGGAAUGUUCUAAGCAAAAUUAGGUGAAAUUUCUAAGCAGCCUCUGCAUUUGCUUCCCUUCUUUCCUUAGCCAUCAUUUCUCAUAAUCUCUGUAGGCAUUUGGCCUACUUUUGCACAUGACCAAUUUGAAGAGUGAUUCGAGUGAGUGAGUGAGCUUAAACUGCUGCAAAGAGCAGGAACCAUUGGGCAAUAUCACAUGAAUAAGGACCAGUAUAAGAUGACCCAGGGAGCAUUUUCUUUUUUCACUUUCCUUUCAGUAUAUGCUGCUACUAGGCCCUGCCAACAUUCUGUAUUUGCACAGCCCUGGCUGUCCAUGUGGUACCAUUGGGAAGCCCAUUGGGAAAGGGCCUAUUUAUACAUAUAAAUCCAACAGAAAAUGGAUGUGACAUGCAGAAAAGGGAAGUCACAAUGAAUUCUUAAAGCAAUGAAAAUCACCAGGCUAGCCCCAACUGAGGGGAGGGGGAGGGGGCAGGAAUUAAAAUACAGUAAUUAUUACAUAUUUCAUGUCAAGAAAAUUGAAUCAGCAAAUAAAUCCAAAUCUAACCCUCCCUAAAAAAAUUUUUUUUAACUGACAUCAGAUUUAUAAAUUUAUUCAAUUUUCAGGGUUUUCCCAAUAAUAUCUUGACUUCUCCACUUCAUUUCAUUAGUAUCCAAACAAUUAUUAUUGGCCAAAUAGGUUGGCUUUUAGAAUUGCUAUUACAUAUUUCAUUUUAAGCCCUGAGAAAUUGUGGUAUGAGAAUGAUUCAAGAUCAUCAUGAUCAUUCUCCCCAUUCUCAUAAAAGGUAGCAUUGGGCUUUGAUUGAUUUGGAUCCCAAACAUCUAGCUAUAUAUUAAUCAGAUAGGAAGCCUCAAAGUUGUCUCUUGCUUCUGCUUUCUGCUUGUUUGUUUUUUGGGGGGUUCAGGGAUGGGUGGGGGUGGGGGGAGGAAUCUGAGGUUUCAAGUCACCUUUAGUGGAUGAGGCAUCCCUUAAUGUUUCGCCAGCUGGCUGGGAGAGAUGAAAAAAGGAAACAAAUUCCUUUUUUUUUUCUGUAAUAAUGAAAAGCAAUAAUUGUGUAACACAACAAAGGCCAUACAUAACUAGUCUUUACCAGUGUUAAGGAUGCACUAGAACUGUAUUAUUGUUAGAGCAAGGUGGGAAUGGUUAAUAUGUACUGUAGUAUUCUUCUAGCAAGCAAAUACCGGAAUUGCUACUAUUUAACAAUUUAAUGAGCCCAUACUACUGCAUUCGGGGAAGGACAGACAUGUUUGGAACGGGGAAGCAGUUCUCUUUAAGCACUGUAUUAGAAAGAUUGUCUUGUAAAUUUUACCUGUUGCAAACAGGCUGGUUUGUAAAAGAUGUAUGUUUUGGUGUUUAAAAAUGUUUAUAAAAAAUGUAUAUAACGGUUUGAAAUUUCCAGGCUUUUGUAGAUACUGUAUUUGAUGCCUAUCAGGAUGCUUUAAUUUGGGGGUCAGAUCUAAAUCAUCUGAGUUGUCAGUCUAUAAACUUUUAAGAUAAUGAAAAAAAAAGUUUUAGAUUUGAAAAUGAUGCUUUUUAAUCAUUUCCAAAAUGUACUGUAACCUUUCUUUGGUUCCGCUGUUUUCAUUUAACUUUUUUCAGUUUUUAAGGAAAUGUUUUUUAUUGACUUUUUUUUAAAUGAAUGUGUUUUGCACAGAUACUAGGUACAUGAUUUUUAUGCCAUUUCAAGUAUGUAUUAAAGUAUGUCAUUUCUUCACAUACACAUUAUCUCUCUCAUACACACAACCUUAUGCAAAAGGGAAAGCUAAUACUCCAAGUGGCUCUUGUCCCUUGUAUGAAGAUGAAUUGUUCCUUCAUAUAUUGCUGUUGGCAGUAUUAAGUCUUGUGUUCUUUUCCUAAAAAAUUAAGAAAAAAAAGCAACAACUACGAAAAAAAAAGCAGCCCAACAGUGUACAGGUUUGUUAACUGCCAAAAUUUGAUGGUUAAAAACAAGUUUUCAAGUAAAAAAAAAAAAACACUU